AUGUCUCCCCCCGUCGCUCCUGGUCGCGAGAAGGAGUCUGGCCUGGCUCGUGUCCUCGGCUCCGGUUCCGCUGGUAUUGCUGAGUUGGCCGUCUUCCAUCCUGUCGACACCAUUGCGAAGCGGUUGAUGAGCAACCAGACCCGUAUAUCCAGCGCCAGCGAGUUGAACAAGGUCAUCUUCAAGGACAAGGCCACCGCUCCCUUCGGACGAAAAUUCGUUUCCCUCUUCCCUGGACUGGGAUAUGCCGCCGGCUACAAGGUCCUACAGCGUGUGUACAAGUAUGGUGGCCAGCCUGUUGCUCGUGAUUACCUCUCCAAGCACUAUGGAGCAGACUUCGAGAACGCCUUCGGCAAGAAGACCGGAAAAGCCAUCAUGCAUUCUACUGCUGGAAGUCUGAUCGGUAUUGGUGAGAUCGUUCUCCUACCUCUUGACGUCCUCAAGAUCAAACGCCAGACAAACCCCGAGGCUUUCCGUGGCCGUGGUGUCCUCAAGAUCGUUGCCGAUGAGGGUUUUGGCCUGUACCGUGGCUGGGGCUGGACAGCUGCUCGUAACGCCCCUGGAUCUUUCGCUCUGUUUGGUGGAUCUGCUUUUGCCAAGGAGUAUAUUUUCCAUCUUGAGGAUUACAACAAGGCCAGCUGGUUCCAGAACUUUAUUGCUUCUAUUGCUGGUGCUUCCGCUUCUCUGGUUGUCUCUGCUCCCCUUGACGUUAUCAAGACCCGUAUCCAGAACCGAAACUUCGACAACCCUGAGAGUGGCUUCCGAAUUCUCUCCAAUAUGGCCAAGAAUGAGGGCCCUGGAGCUUUCUUCAAAGGACUUGUCCCUAAGCUCCUCAUGACUGGUCCCAAGUUGGUUUUCUCUUUCUGGCUUGCCCAGACUUUGAUUCCUGCCUUUGACAUUGCAUUCAAGAAGUAG